GAUGUCAUGAGUCGAUUAUCACUCUUAAAACAGAUCCCUCGGCCUGAGGGGCUGUCAGGAGAGAGGGUAGCCAAGAGCAGGGCGGUGGCCUCGUUUAAUUGCCCUGGUUAGUUAAAAACUGUGGAAAUGAUGCAGCUUGAGUCCAGGGACUGUGGCUUAGUGGCCACCCACUGGGCCACUCCCUAUGAGGGUUUUAUCUGUGUGAAGCUCUUAAAAGCACCGUCAUUUGGCAGUGGCUCUUCAUCCUGUGGAAAACAAGUCUCCUGUUUCUCUGUACCUACUGCUCCUUGUUGAAUACUCUGGAUCGUGUCAAACCUGUAAGUUUCCUUUGCGCACUUGGAAGCAGGCGUCUCUCCCGACCGCCUGCCAUCCUCUGACACUCUAAACCCAGCUCUGGAACUCCCAAGGCAGGAUUCAAAAUGCUUGUGCCCGCCUGACACAAAGUGCUGACUUGUUAUCUCUGGGAGAAGCAUAUGAGGGCCAUAAGAAGUGCUGAGCUUCCUGACAGCUCUGCGGAGCCCCGUGUGAGUCCAGGACCGCCUGGCCCGGCUCUGCUGAAGGCUCCUCUGGUGCCUGACCUGUCAUCGCCUCGCCUGGCAUUACCUCUUGCUCCACUGGCACCUCCGAAAAUCGAAGCCAAGAAAGCUUGUGACUGGCUGCGAGCAGCAGGAUUUCCUCAGUAUGCUCAGCUUUAUGAAGACUCGUUGUUCCCGCUUGACAUCAUUGCUGUGAAGAAAGACCACAGUUUCCUGGACCAGGACUCGCUCAAAUCUCUGUGCAGGAGGCUGAUGACCCUGAACACAUGUGCCUCCAUGAAGCUGGAAGUCCACUUUCAGCGUAAACAGAAUGAAGACUCUGAGGAGGAAGAUCUGUGCGCCAUCAGUGACCGGUGGGCUUUUCAGAGGGAAAGUAAGAGGUGGUCCAGAGUGGGAUCUGUCGAUGUCCUCUCCCAAGGCUCGGAAGUCCUGAAUUCCACCAUGAGGCAGACAUCCAGCCGCGAAAGCAUCCUCACAGACCUGAGCACCAACCUGGAGGCUGUGUCCCUCCACAGCAAUGCCAGCACAGGCAGCACAGGUGGCACGCUCAGCAUCGUAGUCACACCACCCGACCCGUCCCCUAUACGGGACACUGCCACCGUUGCCAAAUCCAGCCAAAGUUUGAGUGACCAUUCCUUGACAGAACAACCCUCAAACCAGAGUGAGGGCUCUAAGGAGAAACCUAGGAAGCGAAGGUCUCGCAGCUUCUUAAAAAGGAUUGAGUCCCUCCGAAGGAAAGACAAAGAAAAAGCCAGCUCAGAAGAGAAGGAUGCCCCAAACAAUGGUGUUACGACCAAGCCAGGAUGGGACUCUGUGAAGCAUACUGAGGACCCUACAGCCACCAAGGCCAACUGCCCUAAAAGAGGAAUAUCUGCUUCUUUCCAUGGCAAAAAACACUUCUUUUCAGUAUCGUAUAGGACUAACCGCUUGUUAGGCUCAGGAGGGAGCAAGGUGAGCUCUGACUCGAAACGUGGUGGAGUUUACCUAGAGGACUUUGAAACAGCUGUGAAAAACAGCAACAACUGGGCUGCUGGAGAAUACCCACACCGGCAGGUGUGCAAAGGGGAUUGCUUGAUCUACAUUCCCAGAGACCACAAGCCAGGCACUUUCCCCAAAUCCCUCUCCAUUGAGAGCUUGUGUCCUUUGGGUGGCAGCUCCUUGACCAACUGGAAAUCUGGGAACAAAUCUGUUGGGCUGGUGGGAGGUGGAGGGGGUGGCAGCAGCAGCAGCAUGGAGGACUCAUCCUCCCCGCGGGGCUUUGAGUACCGGCAGCGGAGGGGUUCAUGCAGCUCCUUGGGCAGCCGGGUGAGUGUGUAUGACAACGUGCCAGAGUUUGGCAGUGGCGAGGAUUUCUCCAAGGUGGAUGGGGAGGUGACCUAUGAGAACCUUGACGACAUACUGCAACACAUGUGGGGCCUGCAGCAAAAAGUGGAGCUCUGGUAUAAAGCCAUUUCCCCAGACCUGGUUGGGGAGGAAGGGGGUGAGGAGGACGAGGAGGAGGAAGAGACAGACUCAGGAGGGGAACCCACUUUCCCUUCAAACCUGCACUUGGAAGAGCAGUCCAUGUCUGAUGUUGGCACAUCUGCCAGUGAUUUUGACAGCACGGGCAACUCUUUGAAUGAGGCCGAGGAGACUGAGAUGCGGGAGCGCCGGGACUCUGGCGUGGGAGCAUCACUCACCAGGCCGUGUAGGAAGCUCCGCUGGCACAGCUUCCAGAACUCCCACAGGCCCAGCUUGAACUCUGCCUCCCUGGAAAUCAACCGCCAGUCGUCAGCUCAGCUCAACCUGCUUCAGAAAUGCUCCCUGCUUCGUCUCACUGCCAUCAUGGAGAAAUACUCUGUGCCUCACAAGCAAGCCUGGACGUGGACGGUGCCCAAGUUUAUGAAGCGGAGUAAAGUCCCCGACUACAGGGACAAAAUGGUCUUUGGGGUGCCGCCAAUCAUUAAUGUGCAGAGGACAGGGCAGCCUCUGCCCCAGAGCAUCCAGCAGGCGAUGCGCUACAUCCGCAGCCAGUGCCUGGACCAGGUUGGCAUUUUCCGGAAGUCAGGAGUGAAGUCCCGGAUUCAGGCACUCAGGCACAUGAAUGAAACCACCCCUGACAAUGUCAACUACGACGGGCAGUCGGCCUAUGACGUGGCUGACCUGCUGAAACAGUAUUUCCGUGACCUACCAGAGCCCAUCUUCACCAGCAAGCUCACAGACACCUUCUUGCAGAUCUACCAGUUUGUGUCCAAGGAGCAGCGGCUGCAGGCUGUGCAGGCUGCCAUUAUCCUCAUGCCCGACGAGAACCGGGAGGUGCUGCAGACACUACUAUACUUCCUCAGUGACAUUGCCUCUGCAGAGGAGAACCAGAUGACUGCCGGAAACCUUGCGGUGUGUCUGGCCCCAUCCAUCUUCCACCUCAACGUGUCCAAGAAGGAAAGCACCUCGCCAAGGAUGAUAAACAAGAGAGGCACCAUGGGGAAGCCUGACCAGAAAGACCUGAAUGAGAACAUGGCUGCUACUCAAGGGCUCUCCCACAUGAUCACAGAUUGCAAGAAGCUCUUCCAGGUCUCCCAUGACAUCUUACUGCAGCUGAGCAGCUCCUAUAUGGCAGCAGAUGCUUACCCACAUCCCCUGACUGAAGUCAUGUGUCAAGGGGAGGGCAAGGAGCUACACUCCUACUUUGAGCAGAGUGUCCAGAACUUGCUCAAAGAGUCAUCAGAGAAAUUCAAAGGCUGGCUGAGCACCCCGGGACCCCUGAACACAGAGCUCUCUUGCAAAAAGGUUGGGGAUGGGCACCCUCUGCGUUUAUGGAAAGUCUCCACGGACAUUGAAGCACCUCCCUCUGCAGUGCUGCACCGAGUGCUUCGGGAACGUCACCUUUGGGAUGAGGAUCUGCUGCAGAGCAAAGUGGUGGAGGCCCUGGAUAAGAAUAUGGAGGUUUAUCACUAUGUCACGGACAGCAUGGCACCCCACCCACGCAGGGACUGUGUUGUGCUCAGGCGCUGGUGCACAGACCUGCCCCGAGGAGCUUGCCUGCUCAUCUCCAUGUCAGUGGAACAUGAUAAGCUGCAAGUGGAAGGAGGCGUCAAAGCCGUUGUGUUGACGUCUCAGUAUCUCAUCGAGCCGAGUGGGAUGGGCCGCUCCAAAGUGACGCACAUCUGCAGAGCUGAUCUCAGGGGACGGUCUCCAGAGUGGUACAACAAGGUCUUUGGACAUCUUUGUGCCAUGGAGCUGGCAAGGAUCCGAGAUUCUUUCCCAGCGUUGAGUCUGAAUGGCCCUGAGACAAAGAUCUGAGGAGCCUGGAAGAUGGACUGUCCUAUUUGAUCAUGGACCUUUCCAGUUGAUUUGGGCUGGACCAUUCAGAGGGAAGCGAGGAGUUGGCAACCUGUUGGCAUCCGAUUGUGGAGGGGGAGACAGAGGAUGGUGCACUCUCAGGCACAUAUUUAUAAGCGUCCUUUUUUACCUAGGCCUGGCCACCCCCACCCCUCUGAAGGAGCCACUGGAUGUCUCUAGCUAGGCAUAAUCCCUUUCUUCUCCCACUCCAGGGCUCUUUACCAUCAUCCCUGGGAGGCAGUCCCCUUCAAGGGGGCAGGAGAAGCCAUCCCCAGCCAUCAUUCCCAUUCCCACAAUACCUGUUGCUGCUUAAGAUGCCUCUUCCUCAUGUGCUCUGAAGAGCAGGUUCCCUGCAGGGGCAAAGCCAUGCACAGCUUGGUCUUUGCAGGAGGGGGAGGGUCUUGCGAGCAGCAGUUUGCUUGCCCAUGGGAAAGAGAAGGGGUUUGGGAGUGAAGCCCCACAAGAAAGGCAGGCUGAGCUGUGAAGUGGCUAGACUGGGUUUAGCUGCAUUUCUCACUCCUCCAGGUAUUAGCAGGAGCUCGCCCCGUUUGGGAGCAGCUGCAAAGGUGAAGGUGCUUGAAGCGAACCAGGAUUAAGUGGUGGUGUAGGCGUACUGAGCAAGGGACGCACAGUGCCAUGGCUGUAGGUUGUAGCACUGUGUCAGGAAGUGAAGGGUGGGCAGAGAGGGGGGGGAAGG